AUGGGUGAGGUUACAACAAUCUCAGAUCUGUUCAUUGAUGAAGACAUGAAAGAACGAAAUAUAGAUGAAUUUACACUUGUGUGGUUAGAUGACAAUAUUGAUAAAAAGAGCAAGGAUGAUGCUUGUAAACAAUUCCGCUCGAUUAUUAAUUAUUUAAAAAUAUUUGAUAACCUUGAGGAAUGUUAUAACUAUAUUCUUACUGUUAGCAAUGAAAAAAUAUUUUUAAUUGUAUCGAGUAAAUUCGCGUUAACUAUCGUACAACGUAUACAUCGAUUUGAAAAAAUUGUAUAUAUUUAUAUAUUAUGUUUAAAUCCGUUAUUACAUGAAAAAUGGACAAAAAAAUAUUCAUCUGUUAUCCGUGGCGUUUAUAACGAUAAACAAUUGUUAGUUGGUAGAUUAGCUGAAGAUUUUCAGAAUGGCGAACCAUUUUCCUAUGCUUUAAUGCUACUGUGCAAACCGAUGACAGUGGUAUCACCAUCAUCAGUAACAGCAACACCGACGAAUGAACCACCGAAAUAUAUGGAUUAUUCGUGGUUUACAUGGUAUCAGAUAUUAAUUGACGUAAUUUUAAACAUGGACUAUAUGCUUAGAGAGAAGCAAAAUAUGCUAAAUGAAUGUAAACAAUAUUUCAAUGGAAAUGUAAAAGAGUUGCAACGUAUUGAUGAAUUCGACAGAAACUGUAAACUCUCGACAAUCAAUACUAUGCUUGAAGUUGACAAUACCAUUGGUACGUAA